GAUUCUGUAAAAUUCGCCAAAUAACGCGGGGUUAAGUUAUCAGAAAUAGUAUAUAGAUUUCGAAGUGCCGCGUUGUUCCAAAUUUCGCUGGAGUAUUGUCAGUAUAUAUCAUACUUUUUUCGACUAGUUUUUCGGUUUGUUAGUAAGUAUAAGUUUUUUGUUAAGCGAACGUGCAGCGGAAACGGGGUUGCGUAAAGCUAGAAGGGUGGAAUUCAUUGAAAAUAACUGGAUGAAUUAGCACGAAUGGACUAUGGACCUGGGAGAGGUCGCGUGUUCUACCGUCAGGUGGCGGUAGCCUCAAAACAGUGGGACAUCGUAUAGACACCCUGCAACGGGACUGUGUUUUUCACAGGAUUGUUUUCCGCGUUUUCCCGCAAAAACCACGCUCUUUUACUGUGAUUUUUCGUUCCAGAGGGCCGCAUCUAUCAACCCCACUAUCCGACCGGCCGCUCACCUACUCACAUCUAAGACGAAUUAUGUAGUUUUUCCACUUGGUAUACAGUCAAUUUGUUCCUGUCUUGCUUAAAAGAGGAAAGGAGAAUUGACAAAUUACUCUGAAUGCUACAAUGGUAAUAGCAAUUAUCAUUUGAUCAGUAACCUGCUUGCAAUUUCAUAUUAUGAAUGAAAUUGCAGGAGCCCAAUGUGGGUGGAAGUGAGAUGGCAUCCAGGGAAAAGAAACCCUUAGCGCCUUCCAAAGCAAAACAGAAGGCGAAUAAUGAUUCUGGCUUGCCAUCGAAUGAAAUUAAAAGUAGAAAAGGCAAAACUUUGUCGAAUCUAAAGCAACAGCAACUUGCACGGGACAUAAUAGAGGCUGUGGCGACUGGUAGUCAACUUCCUCCAAAAUUAGAGGCAACCCUUCCACGUAAAAAGGUUCUCAGGAAUCUUAAACGUAAACAAAAGCUAAGAGUAACAAAGGCCAAUUUAAUUAAGUCAAAAGUUACAAGGAAGGUGACCAGUAGAAAUUUAUGCAGAAUAACUUCUGAUAUUAAGAAGGGUGUGAGAGCUAAAAGAGCCAAAUUAUCGGAAGAAAACAGUGCUAAGACAUCUGAUAUCAACACAAAAACUUUAGAGAAUCACAUAAACGAAGCAGAGGGUGAAAGUAUAGGGACAGAAGGAGGUAAUAGAAGUGCCAAGAACAAUCUCAGGACUAAAAAGACCAAGUUUAUACCAAAAAGUAGCGAAUUGGAGAGUGAGGACAUUGUGGACAAAGAUACAGAUUCAGUUGCUGGAUCCAGUACCAAGAGUAGUCCAAAACUUAAUAGGAAGGGUAGAAGCUUGGAAAAUUUAGAUUCUUUACCUAGGGGUGUUAAAUCAACCAAAUUUUCGGGAUUUAAAAGGAAUAGUAUCAAAGAGAAAGACACUUUCAUAAAGUCAGAAGGUGAUAUUAAAUAUACAAAAGGAAGAAAGAGUACCAGGGAUAUAGAUUGCACUAAUAUAAGGGUUUCAAAGUCACUUCUGGACACCAAGAGUUCUAUAGAUCUUACCAUAGACGAAGUGAUAGCUUCAAUGUUGAGCGACUCAGAAAUAGAUAAUCAGCAAGGAAUAACAGAGAAAAUAGAAGGGAAAGUAACAAGGAGGAAAAAGAUGUUGGUAGAAGAGAAUAUAGUCCCGGAUAUUGAGAUAAAAAAAGAACCAGACAGUGAAGAUAUCAAAAUUACUUCUGAUGGGGAGAAUCUGGAAACAGAAUCUGUUCAAAGUGCAAUUCAAUUGAGGAAAAGGUCGAACGCAUCGAUUAGUCAAAGAAGUUUGCGGAAUGGCAAGUUACGACAGGCGGAUUCUGUUAUCUCUACCGAUUUGGAGCUUAAAAAACGUCGAAGAUUGAAUUCGGAUGACCCUGUUAGUUCGGAAGUUUCCAUGGAUAAUAUCGCAGAUAGUAAUAUCGAUACCGAAUCUUGUUUUUCUGAAUCUAGCGGUAACGAUUCUCAGACGGUUAUGGUAUCAACUAAAGAUGAACUUUGCUUAAAACAAGAAACACUAAAAAAUUUCGAAGACAGUUCGCAAGUUGUAUCGGAAAUAGAAAAUAAUAACAAUAGUGAUAGAGUAGAUAGGACAACCGAGAUUGGACCUACUCUUCGUUCGAAAACUAAAGCCAAAAGUACCGAGAUCGAAAUAAAAAAUGACAAUACCAAAGGCGAAUAUACACGAAUAAUACCGAAAAACGCGGAAGUGCAAGAAGAGUUGAAAAAAACGAGUAAUUUAGAUCAAGUUAGGAAAGAUAAUAUUUUAGCGAAACUUUCUGACAAAUCUAAGGGUCGAAGAAGUAGUUUAAACAUAGAUAUGAAGAAGACGGUCAAUUCGUUUUAUGGUACGGAUAAGUCGGACGGUAAUCCGAAGUCUCAGAUAGAUCAAAUGAUAGAAAAUAUCAAGCUUACGAUCGCCAAAUCUAUCGAGAGUAAAAUCUUUGGGCCGGAGAAGGGUCUCGGAUUGAAUAAAAAUUUUGAAAUACCAAAAAUCGAGGAGAUAAUUGCACCGCUGAGCGCGGAGUCGCAGAAAUUAGGGUUGGAGGACAAUACAGACGAGGAUAAGUCUACUAUUUCCAAGAAUGAGAUUAAAUCGGACAAUUCAGAAAAUUCAGUGGCUGAACUGAAGCCAAAAGUGGCCGAUACUGCCAAAGAAAUUGAAAAACUAGUCAUGGGUGAUAUUGAACUAACUGAAACACAUUCUCAGAACGUACAAGAGAGCGAUUCUUCUGACAAUGAUGCAAGCUGCAACCCUCAUAAUGCUUCUGAAGCAGGUUCUGUACAGAUAACAGAGAAAAAUGAUAGCACCUGCAAAGCUAUGAAUCAACAAGAGGAAUCGAAUGAUAGUUCUAAUUCGGCAGAAUUAGAGUCUAAAAAGGAUGUGGAACAAGUUAUAGACGAUCAAAUAAAGGCUUUGGAUGAUGGUAAAAGAUCUGGUCUUAGCAAAAAAUCUCCGAAAAUAACGGAUAAAGGUCAUCUCGAAAACAACGAAACUGUUAAAAAAUUAGGUAGAGUAUUAAAUAGAAUAGCCCAAAAGUCUGAAAACUGUGAAGAGUCUUUGGAGACCUCCAGUAAACUUGUUUCUGAGGAAACUGCUUCGAAUGACGAGUCACCUAAGAACGAAUCGACAAAUAAAGCGGCUAGCUUAGAAUCUUCAACUGUUUGCACGGUAAUCGUGUCGAAGCAGGUACAAGAAGAAGUUACAGAAGAGGAAGCAAAAACAGAUCAAACAAUCGAAGAUGAGGCCAAGAUUUCUGCAAAUGUGGAAUCUGAUGAUGUAGAGACUUUAGAAAGUAUCUCUAAGGAAGUAGAAAGAUUGGUAGCAGAGGAUCAAUCUAGCAAUCAACUGCAAACGAGCAUGAACGAAAUACAAUACAGGCAAGAAUCAGCAAGCAAAACUACAACAGACAUUUCUCCAUUACCUAGUACAUUACGUAUCACAGAUAUUGAAAAACAGAAAAUAAGUCUUGCCAAAGUGGAUGAAUCAGAAAAUAGCGAUGCACAGAAUAAACCCGAGGUAAUAGAGAAUACCAAAGAAAUUGAAAAAUCUGAAGAAAGCGUGUCAGAAGCAACACAAGUUGCAAAGAAGGACAAGAAUAAUUGCAGAGUACCACCUACUUCCGAUUCCACAACGAACUUUAAAUGCACCGCGAGUCCUGUUUCUAGCGAUGCGUGUAAUCCUAUCGAAGAUAUAAAAAAAGAUAUAGAUGAGAAUGAAAAGGACGAGAAAUGUAAAUCGAGUAAUGAUACAGAUAACAAUAACGCUGGUAAUAAUAAUACUGAGAAAAAAGUAAUUUCGUUAAAGGAUAAUUCAGAGAAUAAUGAUACAACUAUAGUAAAGGAAGAAAUAGAAAUAUCAGACAAUAUUGUGGAAGAGCAAAAAUCUGCUGGCGAUGAUAACAAGAAACGAGUAUUAAGAGCUCGCGAUAAAACGAAAAAGCUCGAAAAGGGACAAGCAUCUUGUAACAAAGAACGCAUCGAAGGUGCUCCAAAAAUUAAAACGGAAGAGGAAAGUUCUCAAAUAUUGCAGAGUUCUCAUAAUGAGGAAGAUACCCUUAAUGAGGAUUUGGAAGAAAAGGCUCGUGAAAUGAUCACAAACGACAUAGAUGAUUCUCAGAACAUCACUGAAACAGAUACUAUCGAGUUAGAACGUCAAGCUCGCACUAGACGCAGCAGGGAGGUGAAGAAACGCAAAGAGGAUCAAUUAAAUGCUUUAAAAAAUAAACGACCAAAACGGGAAAUACGGAGAUACGAUCAACAGAAUAAGGAGGAGACACUAUUGGACAAUGAGGUAGCAAAGAUCAAUGAGAACAAUCGAUCCUUUUUAAACAAAUAUGAAAACGGAACAGAAUGUGCCACAAAUUUCAGAGGUUUCUCAGAAGGAGUUAGGGGAAGUUUGGAAAAAUGUCAGGACAGUACAGAUAGUAUUAGAAGCAAAUCAGAAAAUGACUUAAUUAUCACGAAAAAGCCUAGUAAAAAGAGAUGUGAGAACAGAUUAUCUCGAAAUUUAUCUGAGAACCAUGUGACCAAGCAGUCAGGGAAUAUAGACAUUCUGAAUGCCGAUUGUAAACCUGUAAAAACACCAGAAACAUCACAGAAAGAUUCUGAUGAGACAUCUACGUCUGGUGAAUCCUCUAGCAGCAUUAAUAUUACUCCAAAGAUUUUGGAAACACCAGAAGACAAGGCGAAAAAAGAGUCGAUUCUGAGACUUCUUGGUUUGGAAUCUCUGGAAAAGGCUGCUGAGCGGUUGAGCCAUCAAAAGGCCAAAAAGGAACAGUACACAGGUACCCUGAAAACUGUAAUCCGUGUUCAGAAAGAAAAGGAGAAAGACAAGAGGCGAUCAAGAUCACCAUUGAAAAUGGUGUUGAAACAGGGUCGUGGAGAUGGCGAAGGAGAUUCACCUGAGAAUUUUUACACUAUUCAGAAGGAGUUUGGAACCAGUGGUUGGGGAGAUAGCAGUUCUGAUGAAGAUAAUGAAGACACAGCGCCGAAGGAUCGUCAGUCUCUUGUUAUUCCAGAGAAGUCCUCCUCUUUCUCUAUUCAUCCUGGACGCUUGUGCGCAGACGUCUGUUGUUACUGCUUUGGAAAAUUCGGUUCUUUGGACACACCGAUGCAUCUUGCUCAAAUGAAGUCCGAUGAAAGACGGAAAAAGAUUUUAAUUAUAGAAAGACAUCUGAAUAAGGAUUCUUGCUUAUGUGAUGCUUGCUACCGUCAUGUAGACAGAAAGGCAAAUACAAGUCCAACAAAUAUGCAAACGAAGCCACAGAAACAACACAGACAACUCAUGGUGUCCAAGUGCUCGGCCCGCGAAUGUAGAGAUGCUUCGCGACAUCAUGUCAAACGUCGAUGGUUGCUCAAGAUAAAAGCUGGUCUACAAAAACAGGUGAACAUUGAUUGGGAAUCGAGUCAACACACGUCCAUGUCGUUUUGCGCUAGCCAUUACUCGAAGAUCGAACGAUUCUUGACUUGUGCGUUAUGCAAACGUAGGUUGGCGAGAAACCACACUCAUCAACUAGCUAAUGCAGAGACUGAGGAAUUGAAUCAGUUGCUUGGACAACAAGGGAUUCCUGUUAUUCUGGCGGCCGGUACUUUCGCUUGUAAAUUGUGUAGAUAUUUCACACAGUUGCAGUUGAAGUAUAAGGAUGUAGAGAACAUGAACACGAAUCAUAAGUCGUUCUUCAAGAGUUAUCGGAAAAGAAUCUUACACUAUCACGACAUUGAGGUUUUGGAAAACGAAGACGAAGAUUCUUCUCAGAAUCAGACUAAAGACAAAGACAAAGACAAGGACAAAAGGAAGAAAACCAAGUGUAGCACUCAACCUAAGACCGGAACUUCCAAGUCUCCGGAUGGUACGACGAAUUCCGCCUCUGAAAAAUCUACUCCAGAACCCACCAAAAACGAGGAAGCGAGUUCCGAGAUGGACAACGAGAACCGUACCGCGAAGACAAACUUGAACGACGAAAAUGUCGGGAUGGACGUGCAGUUCCUCGGUAUUGAAAGCACCGUGGAGAAACUGAAGAAACGCAAGCUGCUUGAUAUGCACCCAUACACAACAUCAGAUACAAUGAUAUCUUGUGAUAAUCCCAACGAGGUUGUCGAGAUCCUUGCAAUGGACAAGGAGGUGACGCUAACCAGAUUGCCAAAGAGGCCAAGGACGAAUAAUGACAUCACACCGGUUGUACAGAGACUCGGUGCUAAUCCUUCCAUUAGUGUACGUACUCUUUUCCCUGGCGAGGAGGAGAUGAACCUUCACGCCAAUAUAGAAUUUACAAAUGUUCGAGAAAUAACGCCUCAAGGUUGGGAAAAGUGUGCCACUAUGAUACAAUAUGACAGAGACACGAAACUCCUCUGGCAAGAGCUACAGAGACCAUACGGGAAUCAGAGCUCGUUUCUCAGACAUCUGAUACUUCUGGAAAAAUAUUACAGAUCCGGUGAUUUGGUGUUAGCCCCGAAUGCAUCACGGAAUGCCAUUAAUUACUCGACUUCUGUGCAGAAUCGUCUAAUAUCGUACGAAGGUCCAGAGAAAAUGGACGAGCCAAUAAUGGAACCGAUUGCCUCAGAAUAUCACAAUUCUCGUCGACUGAGUGGCGGCUACGUUCUCGAAAGGGAUAAGCAUUCUUUACCAAGCACAAGUACUCCUAAACAACCAUCGUCCACCAGUACUACACAAUCUAUAAAAAGUAGUCCUCCUCGGGUUCUGAAGUUAAACCCUGGAGUGUCGAUAAUUAAGAAACCACCCCCUAAUCUGCAACGACUAAACCUUCCAUCUACCAGCGCCAACUCCGCGAACGGUAACGUGAAACGAAAGGACGGUCAAAAACUGCCAACUUCUUCUGGUGGUAAGGUGUUUCACUUAAGCGAGCCCGAGUUCAAACGAUUGCAAAAUCUAAAAAAACAGAAGCAACAAAUGCUCACGGAGAAACAGUCAACCAGUUCAAACGGCGGGACAGGUAAUUUGAGUUCUUCGGCAAACGUGAAGUCGGCGACGCAGUAUCAAAAGGCGCAGAUAGCUGCGCACACACAGUUUCAGAAGCAUCUGAGAAUGCAGCAGGAGAUGCUGAGUCGGCAGAGCAGAAGUGACUUCGAGCCGUUAAUAUGCGACGUUCGCGCGUUGGCAAACGAGAAUAGUCCGACGCAAAACUUACUGCACAACCUGAACCUACCGAAAUCAAUCCAGGUGACAACAAAGACGUCAAACCAGAUUCCGAUAUUGCCAAAAAUACCGAAGUCGCUGACGGUGAUACCGCAAACGGUCACUAGACCAACCGAGAAAUGAAACAAGUGGACAAAUAGGGGUAAACAGUAAGUAAACAAAUUAUAGAUGUUAAUUCCUUCAGACGAGAGAAUGUACACGAGGGUUCGUAUCCGAUCCUGAGUGAAAAGGAGAGUGUUUGUAAAAUAAAAUGGAAAUGAUCGACAGAGCAUGACGGACCAACUAGAGAGAAUUGUUGAUCGAAUUUUGCGUUUCGAUGCCGAUCGCGGGAGAUAAAGAAAAGUAUUGAGGAAGUUUUGUGGAGGCUAGCUCACCGCGAGAAGCGACAAUAUUUGCCUUAUAAGGAUAUAAAAAAGUGAAAAAAAAUAAAAAUUGAAAAGUGUACACGAAAGAAAAACUCUGCACUGCUCAAAAGAAAAUACGGUUAUACGAUGAACGAUCAUACGUGUCAUAUUUUGCGUGUAUUUGCAUACGCGCAUGCGUAUAUGUCGUGAUAAUAUAUAUAUAUAGAAACAUCAUUUCAGUUUCGUCGGAAAAACGAUACAACAGCGAAGAACAGAACAUUAACUAAAAUCGUUAACGAUCUUGUACAUUAACAACCAAAGCAUCAGUGUGAAAAAAAAUAUGGCGAAACAUGGUAAAAGACCUGUUUCCAAGGAAAAGUGCCUAAAAAAAUGUAUGUCGCGAACGAAGUCGUUAGUUUUUAAAUGACAAAGUAUACUAUGUUGAACGGACUUGAAACACACGUUAUACAUAUAGUUAUAUAUAUAUAUUAUAUAUAUAUAUAAUAUAUAAUGUAUACUACGUACAUAUAUAUAUACACGAACAAAAGGAGAAAACAACAAAUAAAGAUAAAGAAGGUAAACGAACGAUCGUUCGAACGAGUGAAGAGUUUAAAGGAGAAAAGAAGAAGGGGGUACAUAUAUCUUGAAAGUUUAUGAAUCAAGGAGCUUUGAUUUCACCCCCUUUUGUUUCUUCGUUUAUAUGUUCUAAAUCUAAAACAGAAAAAUCAAUCCUCGAUUGAGAAAUACAGCUCUUCUUUGAAUUUUUUCACGAGGAACGGUCGAAUAGGAUAAGUGAGAACAUAUACCCGACGAACGAAAUGAAGAAGAAGCUGACGAUUUGCCUUGCUGUUGUUAGAUAAAGAAAACAAUUCAUGCUAGAGACAUAUCUGUCCCACGCGUUCUUUGAGAUCUACACCUGAAGGUCUCGCGGAGGUCCUUGAGGCUUCAAAGAGCACUUUCAAAUCGGUAGUUCGUUCCUUUUUCCGCGUAUCCCGAUGGAGAUAUAGUCGAAAAUUCGUGUCGAGAUGAUAUUGCGCGUAUUCCCGCGAGGUUGGCGCCACGGUGUAGAUUUCCUUACGAUUUUUCUCCGUACGCCGAAUAUAUUUUUGUCUACCUGUAAAAAAAAAGAAAUAUCGCGGAAUUUUGGAGAGAAAGGAAGAUAGAAGGAUAAAAGAUAGGACGUGACCUUUUUUGCCGUGAGUAAGGUACGAGACAAAAUAAUGACACCCGAAGAGAUUCAAUUGUACAUUAGAAAAGAGGAAAAAAAUAUAUAGAUAUAUAUAUUUUGGCCUGCUCAUCGGAGAGUAGCAUAAUGAUCAAUUGUAAUUAAUUCUUAUUAAUCAGGGGGCGAUCGUUGAGCGAGAAAGCUAAACGUUUGUCGUAUGAAUUGAUGGAUACAUUUCUACAAAGUAGGUGUAGAUUUAUUACGCCUCGAGCUUAUUUAUUACGUUACUAUAAUAUCAUUAUAUUACAUUGUACAUAACUGAUAAUUAUUUCUAGUUUGUAAUUGAUUAUUAUUAUUAUAUUAUUAAUUAUUUCAUUAUCGGUAAUUCUAAUGCUAUUAUAGGACACGGUGAAUUUUAAUUAUCAUGCAAGAUUCCUUCAUUAAUCGUGUAAAACGAUCGCGAGUUUGAGAGAAAUGUGAGGAUUUUGAAACUCCUUUGAUAAGAGAUACACAAGAUAAAAGAUCGAAAGGUUAACGAAUGAAUGAGCGAAAGACUGAAAGAGCGAGAGAAACAAGCAGAAUGAAUCCGUUUCCUUCUUCUUCUUCAUUUUCUUCAUUUUGUUUGUUUUUGUUUCUGUAUGAAGUCACCAUGUAAAAGGGCGUGAAGGAAAGAACAAGUCGAAAAAAGAUGUUUGUCGAAAGAGAAGAAAAAUCCUCCUUCGGACACGCAAACCGUAUGCAGUCGGUUGUCGCGUGUCGUUUCGAGGUUAUGUUAUUACUGCCUUAAAGAAAUGCGCGUGAUCGAUUGUAAAUAGUAGUAGCAGAGAGAGUGAAACUUGAAAAAUGUCAUUUCGAAUCAGAUAUUGCGCCUGGGAGACAAAUAAAAUGAGAAACGCUCGAGCAUUGUUUGUUGAACGGUGCAUUCUAUAACGAUAAAAAAAGCGUUGGAAAUCAUUCGAGUUGAGGGUAAGCCCACUUUUGAACCGAUUAAAAUUGACGAGAGGAUUAGCCUGGCGGUGACGUCCGUUGAAUUCCAGAUAUUUCUACUUAAAAUUAUCUAAACUCGUUUUCUGUUUAUUCUGUGUCUUUAAAGAAGGUGAAUAAAGUAGUCUGAAAAUUUUUUCACGCUUUAUUUGUUAUUUAACUAGCUUCAUUUUUUGCUCGUACCUUCUUUUUUUCAAAUAUGUAACUGUAUAUUUAAUUGUUGCUUAACCAAAUGCACUAGUUAACGUGUUCACUAAAAAUGGUUCGCACGGAAAUGGAAUCGGUUCAAGAGUACGUAUAUCCGUUCUAAUUCUUUAAAUUUUCAUUUUGGCUGUGUUGAGCUAGGACGAUUAACGGUCAAAGAAGAUCGACGGAUAGAUAAAUUUUAUAUCGCACGGACGAAAGAAUUUUGUCGAGUUCAGGCGGAAAUCGUUCGCUCGAGUGUUCUGGCAGCUUCAUUCGUUUUAACUUAUCAAAUCAUUGUUAAAACAAAUUUUGUAUGUUGAUAAUUAUCGACGAAGAAGAUUAGUACUGAUUUAUAUCGAAAAUCCAGAAACAUUUUUUAAAUUAUUAUAUUAUAGCAUAUCAGUUUGUAACUAAGAGAUUAUUGACCUGCUGAUAUUGUAAUAUAUCGCAAUAUCUUCGAACAUUCAUACAAUGACACGGUAAUGCUUUAGUAAAUCGUAAUAUAACUUCCUACUAAAGUAUAGCGCUUAGUCUUUGAACCUUUUUUUUUUUUUUUUUUUUUUUUUUUUUUUUUUUUUUUUUUUUUUUUUUUUUUUUUUUUUUUUUUUUUUAUAAAUUAAA